AUGGCGCGCACUACCAAGUACAAUACCGCCGCCUCGCCGCAGAAGACACCCAUCAAGGUGCCGCUCAACGAUGACCGACAAGAGAAGGCCAUCCGCCGCCAUGCGCAACAAGAAGCCCAGCGCAACUCGAUGCGCGCCUCGACUGCUACUGCCACACCCGGAAGACGACGCAUAUCGCAUGCCGCCGGCCACGAUAGCCCCCACACCCCGUCGCAAGACCAAGACGACAUGCCAGACAUCACCGGCACCGCCGUCACGCCAGGAAACCGCGUCAUGCCCUUGCUGGCCAACUUCGAGGAGUGGAUGAAGAUGGCGACGGACAACAAAAUCAACGCAAACAACUCAUGGAACUUCGCCCUCAUCGAUUACUUCCACGAAAUGUCUCUGCUCAAGGAAGGCGAUGGCGUCAACUUCCAAAAGGCGAGCUGCACAUUGGACGGCUGCGUCAAGAUCUACACCAGCAGGGUCGAUAGCGUAGCAACCGACACGGGCAAGCUCCUCAGCGGACUUGCAGAGAAUGCGGGCAAGAAGCGGAGAGGAGACGGCGAUGAUGCUGACGGAGCCGAUGAUGACGACGCCGAGGGCGACGACGCCGAGGACGGAGAGGGUGGCCAGAAGAAGCGCAAGAAGAGGGCUGCCCGGUCUGCCGAAGCCACGCUCGCAUCCUCGUUUGGACAACUACAGAACAAGAAGAUGGAGCUCGAGUUUUCGGUAGAUCCCCUCUUCAAGAAAGCCUCCGCCGACUUUGAUGAGGGCGGAGCAAAAGGUCUCCUUCUUAAUCACCUGGCCAUAGACGCAAGGGGCAGAAUCGUCUUUGACAGCAGCGACGAUGCGAACGAUGCAACCUCCGAAGACACUCGUGCUACACCAGCGCCCGAAGACGCCCAUGUACAGCAAGACCAGUCCCAGCCACCCGACGCUAUUGAUGUUGAUAUAUCUGGCCUGGCUGCCAAGUACUUCCCUGAUCUGUCCCAGCUCGACCGGCAAGACGUGUGUCCCUCGAUGAAGACGUUCGAUCUUGGCGAUGUAAAUGGCUCUAUGGAUCUUCCCUUUCUAAAGGCCCCUGAUGACUCUGCCAAUGAAGAUGGUGCCAAGGGCGAAGAAGAGGACGAUGCGGGUAACCGAUCAGGCCUCUUUCUUGAUGACGACAACCCCAUGGGCUUCGAUGAUGACGACGACAUGAACAUGGGCGGAUUCGAUCUACCUCCGGAAACGGGUUUUGGCGAAGGUGGAGAGGUCUGGGCUCGUGAGGCUAUCCAGAAUCCACAGGCUCGCGUUCACACCAUGGGCCUCGAAGGUGAUGAGAAUACAGACAGUGCUGAUGCUGCCCUUGGUGCUGAUGCUCAGUAUGGCGUCUCUAUGAUGCACGGUCGUGAUCAAGAACAAGAAAACAUUCUAAGCUAUUUCGACCAAGCUCUUAAGAAGAGCUGGGCAGGGCCUGAGCAUUGGCGUAUCUCACGAGUCAAGCAUUCUGCAAAGGCAGCACCAGCCACGAAACGGAAAGAGAGGGAGCCUUUCGAGAUUGACUUCGCCGCACCCAUGUCGCAGACACUAGCAGACAUGCUCUACACGCCUGCAACAUCCAACUCAACCAUAUCUCUACCAAAAGCGCAGUGGAAGUCAAAGUCGCGCAAUCUUCUCCCAGAUGACAAGCACUUCAACUCGAAACAACUACUGCGACUUUUCUUGAAACCAAAAGCCCGUAUGGGCUCACGGAAGGGAGGACGCCGUGUACAGGCACAACCCGGAGACCCCGCACGCGUCGACGAAGCAUACUGGGCUGAUCAAGGUCGAGAAGGCGAGGGUGAUGAUGUACAGGGCAACUACGACGCCGACUUUUUCCAAGACGAUGGACUGCCUAUGCCUGGUGGGCCUAUUGAUGAUGAGGACGUUUUUGCGGAUGCUCGUGACCACUUUUCGCCGCCGCCCGACGCACCCGAAGCUACACUACCUCUAGACGGCAUGCCACCUAGCUCGCAGACGGAUGCGUUUGGUGCACAGUUAGUAACACAAAGCCGACGGUUCCGGCCCGAAUACGUUCAGUAUGCAAGGGUUGCGAAGAAGGUAGAUGUUAAGAGAUUAAAGGACGAGCUUUGGAAAGGUAUUGGAUUUGAAGGCAUUUCCGCACCUCCGCAACCUAAUGUCUCCGACGAUCCAGCAAAUAAAGCUGUUGAUGGUUCGCUAACUUUUACCGACGUUGUCAACAGCUUGCAGGCUGUGUAUCCGAAACAAACAAUGGCCGACAUCUCAACAAGUUACUGCUUCAUCUGCUUGCUGCAUCUCGCUAACGAACAAGGUCUGGUCAUCGAGAACCAGGAGGAUUUCGAAAACUUGACCAUACGGAAAGACUUCACAGCGGAGUUGGAUGUAGGAGGAGCAUGA